CGGAGAGAAGCAGGAAGUAGCGGCGGCCGCGGGGAGGGCGGCGGUGGCGGCAGCGGCUGGAGCGGGGUAGAGACCGCCGGGUCUCGGUCCGCACCAGGAGCGGAACAACCUUUCAGAUCUGUGUGGACCCCAGAAGAUCCGUGAAGAAUAUGAAUUGAUUCCAUGCGGACAUGAAUGAGUCCUUAAACCUAGAGCAUCAUGUACAUCAUCCUCCUUAAUAAUAGUAUUGAUUAUUUGGUUCUUUGCUGGGGACAGGAGGGGAUGAGAUGGUUUCCACCAGAAUGCUCACUGAGCUCUAUUACCCUUCCCUGUUCCCUGUAUUUUUUUUUUUUUUUCUGAGACAGAGUCUUGCUCUGUCGCCCAGGUGGGAGUGCAGUGGCACGAUCUCAGCUCACUGCAAGCUCCACCCCCCGGGUUCAAGCAAUUCUUCUGCCUCAGCCUCCCGAGUAGCUGGGACUACAGGUGUGUGCUGCCAUGCCCAGCUAAUUUUUGUAUUUUUAGUAGAGACGGGGUUUCACUGUCUUGGCCAGGAUGGUCUUGAUCUCCUGACCUCGUGAUCCGCCCGCCUCUGCCUCCCCAAGUGCUGGGAUUACAGGCGUGAGCCACCAUGCCCGGCCCCCUAUAUUUCUUUUUUUUGAGACAGGGUCUCGCUCUGUCCAGGCUGGAGUGCAGUGGCGUGAUCUUGGCUCAUUGAAACCUCAACCUCAUGGGUUCAGGCGAUUCUCCUGCCUCAGCCUCCUUUGUAGCUGCGAUUACAGGCAUGUGCCACCACACCUGUCUAGUUUUUUGUAUUUUUAGUAGAGACAAGGUUUCACCAUGUUGGCCAAGCUGGUCUCAAACUCCUGACCUCAAGUGAUCCAUCUGCCUCAGCCUCCCAAAACGCUGGGAUUACAAGCAUGAGCCACCGCACCUGGCCCCUUCCCUGUAUUUCUAAGAACUCUUUUUUCCCCUGCUUUCUCUGGAUUUUGGAGCCCACCAAGGUCUGGGAUCUGCCGAUAUGGGGGAUAUGAAGACCCCUGAUUUUGAUGACCUCCUUGCUGCCUUUGACAUCCCUGACAUUGAUGCGAAUGAAGCCAUCCAUUCUGGGCCAGAAGAAAAUGAGGGGCCUGGAGGCCCAGGGAAGCCAGAACCAGGUGUAGGAAGUGAAUCUGAAGACACAGCAGCAGCCUCUGCUGGGGAUGGCCCUGGAGUUCCAGCCCAGGCCUCUGACCAUGGCCUGCCACCGCCAGACAUUUCUGUAGUCAGUGUCAUUGUCAAGAACACUGUGUGUCCUGAGCAGUCUGAGGCCCUGGCUGGAGGCUCAGCAGGAGACGGGGCCCAGGCUGCUGGGGUAACUAAGGAAGGGCCUGUGGGGCCUCAUCGAAUGCAGAAUGGUUUUGGGAGCCCUGAACUUUCCCUCCCAGGAACUCCCCACUCUCCUGCUCCUCCCAGUGGGGGCACCUGGAAAGAAAAAGGCAUGGAAGGCAAAACUCCCUUGGACCUGUUUGCUCAUUUUGGCCCUGAGCCAGGGGACCACUCGGAUCCCCUGCCUCCCUCUGCACCCUCUCCCCCUCAGGAGGGGGCUCUGACCCCACCUCCUUUCCCCUCUUCCUUUGAGCUGGCCCAGGAGAAUGGCCCAGGCAUGCAGCCACCUGUUUCUUCCCCACCAUUGGGGGCCUUGAAGCAGGAGAGCUGCAGCCCCCAUCAUCCCCAGGUCCUAGCCCAACAAGGCUCAGGCUCCAGCCCUGAGGCCACGGACAUCCCUGCCAGUGCCUCGCCUCCCCCAGUUGCUGGGGUGCCCUUCUUCAAGCAGUCUCCAGGGCACCAGAGCCCUCUUGCCUCCCCCAAAGUGCCCAUCUGUCAGUCCUUGAAGGAAGAAGAUGAUGAUGAGGGGCCGGUGGACAAGUCUUCCCCAGGAAGUCCCCAGAGUCCCUCUAGUGGGGCCGAGGCUGCAGAUGAGGACAGCAAUGACUCCCCUGCCUCCAGCUCCUCUAGGCCUCUUAAGGUGCGGAUCAAGACCAUUAAAACAUCCUGCGGGAAUAUCACAAGGACUGUAACUCGGGUCCCCUCAGAUCCUGAUCCACCUGCCCCCUUGGCUGAGGGGGCCUUCUUGGCUGAGGCUAGCCUCUUGAAGCUGUCCCCUGCAACACCUACUUCUGAGGGUCCAAAGGUGGUGAGCGUACAGUUGGGUGAUGGUACAAGGCUGAAAGGCACUGUGCUGCCUGUGGCCACCAUCCAGAACGCCAGUACUGCCAUGCUGAUGGCAGCCAGUGUGGCUCGCAAGGCUGUGGUGCUGCCUGGGGGGACUGCCACCAGCCCUAAGAUGAUUGCUAAGAACGUGCUAGGCCUGGUGCCCCAAGCCCUGCCUAAGGCUGACGGGCGGGCAGGGCUGGGGACUGGGGGACAGAAGGUGAAUGGUGCCUCGGUGGUGAUGGUGCAACCUUCAAAGACAGCUACUGGGCCAAGUACAGGGGGUGGCACAGUGAUAUCACGGACCCAGUCCAGCCUGGUGGAGGCCUUCAACAAGAUCCUCAACAGCAAGAACCUGCUCCCUGCCUAUAGGCCAAACCUGAGCCCACCAGCUGAGGCUGGGCUGGCCCUGCCUCCCACCGGCUACCGCUGCCUGGAGUGUGGGGAUGCCUUCUCAUUGGAGAAGAGCCUGGCACGGCACUAUGACCGUCGGAGCAUGCGCAUCGAGGUCACCUGCAACCACUGCGCCCGCCGCCUGGUCUUCUUCAACAAGUGCAGCCUGCUCCUGCAUGCACGUGAACACAAGGACAAGGGGCUCGUCAUGCAGUGCUCACAUUUGGUCAUGAGGCCUGUAGCCUUUGACCAGAUGGUGGGGCAGCCGGACAUCACACCCCUGCUGCCUGUAGCUGUCCCAUCUGUCUCUGGAACUCUGGCCUUGCCUGCCUUGGGCAAGGGUGAGGGGUCCAUCACCUCCUCUGCCAUUACUACAGUUGCUGCUGAGGCCCCUGUCCUGCCGCUCUCCACAGAGCCGCCUGCUGCCCCUGCCACCUCUGCUUACACAUGCUUUCGCUGCCUGGAGUGCAAGGAACAGUGCCGGGACAAGGCUGGCAUGGCAGCUCACUUCCAGCAGCUCGGCCCCCCUGCCCCUGGGGCCACCAGCAAUGUGUGCCCAACCUGCCCCAUGAUGCUCCCCAAUCGCUGCAGCUUCAGCGCCCACCAGCGCAUGCAUAAGAAUCGACCCCCCCAUGUCUGUCCUGAGUGUGGGGGCAACUUCCUGCAAGCCAAUUUUCAGACCCAUCUCCGGGAGGCCUGUCUGCACGUCUCUCGCCGUGUAGGAUACAGGUGCCCCAGCUGUUCAGUGGUGUUUGGGGGUGUGAACUCCAUCAAGUCCCACAUCCAGACGUCGCACUGCGAGGUUUUCCACAAGUGCCCCAUCUGCCCCAUGGCCUUCAAGUCUGGGCCAAGUGCCCAUGCCCACCUCUACUCCCAGCAUCCCAGCUUCCAAACUCAGCAGGCCAAGCUGAUCUACAAGUGCGCCAUGUGCGACACAGUCUUCACUCACAAACCCCUCCUCUCCUCACACUUCGACCAGCACUUGCUGCCCCAGCGUGUCAGUGUCUUUAAGUGCCCGUCUUGUCCUCUGCUCUUUGCCCAAAAAAGGACCAUGCUGGAACAUCUCAAGAACACCCAUCAGUCUGGGCGCUUGGAGGAGACUGCUGGGAAAGGGGCCGGGGGUGCCCUGCUGACCCCCAAGACUGAGCCUGAGGAGCUGGCUGUUUCUCAGGGAGGGGCAGCCCCUGCUACUGAGGAGUCGUCUUCAUCUUCAGAAGAGGAGGAAGUACCCAGCUCCCCUGAGCCCCCCCGUCCAGCCAAACGGCCUCGGCGGGAACUAGGGAGCAAAGGCCUCAAGGGUGGGGGUGGGGGGCCUGGAGGCUGGACCUGUGGCCUGUGUCACUCCUGGUUCCCUGAGCGUGAUGAAUACGUGGCCCACAUGAAGAAGGAGCAUGGCAAGUCAGUGAAAAAGUUUCCCUGUCGCCUGUGUGAGCGCUCCUUCUGCUCCGCCCCCAGCCUGAGGCGCCAUGUCAGAGUUAAUCACGAGGGCAUCAAGCGAGUUUACCCCUGCAGGUAUUGCACAGAGGGAAAACGCACCUUCAGCAGCCGCCUGAUCCUAGAGAAACAUGUCCAGGUCCGGCACGGCUUGCAGCUUGGGGCCCAGUCCCCUGGCCGGGGGACCACCUUGGCUCGGGGUUCCAGUGCCAGAGCCCAGGGGCCAGGUCGGAAACGCCGCCAGUCUUCUGACUCUUGCAGUGAGGAGCCUGACAGCACAACACCGCCAGCCAAGUCCCCCAGGGGUGGACCUGGAUCUGGAGGCCAUGGCCCUCUGCGCUACCGGAGCAGCGGCUCCACAGAACAGAGUCUCAUGAUGGGGUUGAGGGUGGAGGAUGGUGCCCAGCAGUGCCUCGACUGUGGCUUGUGCUUUGCCUCCCCUGGCUCCCUGAGCCGACACCGUUUCAUCAGCCACAAGAAGAGACGGGGUGUGGGUAAAGCCAGUGCCCUGGGGCUGGGGGAUGGGGAGGAAGAGGCCCCUCCAUCAAGGUCUGACCCCGAUGGUGGAGACUCACCCCUGCCUGCUUCUGGAGGCCCACUGACCUGUAAGGUCUGUGGCAAGAGCUGCGACAGCCCUCUAAACCUCAAGACCCACUUCCGCACGCAUGGCAUGGCGUUCAUCAGGGCUCGGCAGGGGGCUGUUGGGGACAACUAGUCUCCAAGCCUGGGACUGACCAGCCCCUUCCUCUUGGAGCCUGGUUUUCCCUGCUGCUGCCUGAUCCCUGGGCUCGGGAGUUUCAUUAACAUUAAUAUUUUGUUAAUUCCUGUCUCUCCAACCUGAAGAAGAGCAUUUGAGGAUUAUUCUAGUUAUUUGCAACCUCCCUUUGGGUUUGGCCCUGGAGUCCUAGUAGAGGGGACCCUCCAUUCCUCCUUUCUGAGCCCAACACUAAUUAAUUUUAUGCUCCUGCUGCAGAACCCCCAGUGUGGGCCUGGGGGUGGGAGGAUGGGACUUAGGUAUGCCUGCUAGACAGGUUCAGGGAAGGACUGAUGGCGGUGUCAUGGAUGGACACACCCCUCCACAAUUCCUUCAGGCAUGGACUGGAUCUUUCCUCCUCUAGGCCGGGCCCUGCCCUAGUGCCCGUCCCCCCCGCCCAACCCCAACUCACUGGCACUCAAGCCCCCUACCCCUGCAGUGCCUUUCACUUCUUUUUUCCCCAGAAAUCCAGGGCGGGGGGGUGGGGGGUUGGUAGGGAUGAGUCCUGUCAAGGGGGCCACAGGAGAGGAGGGGACAGGCUCUCAGGAAUCCUUUAUUCUUGUAGUAAUAAUAAUACUAACAAACAGUUGGGGAACUAGGGAGAAAACCAGACCAUUAAAACUGUUUUUGUGGUCGAAUCUCCA